GCAGCUUAUAUAAUGCAUGCUUUGGUAUGAGGUAGGUUUGGGGUCUGAAAAGCUCCGUUUUAGCAUCCUGCCUCCCCAUAACUGGGUUUCUGUGGAGAAGUCACCAGAGGCCUGCGGAGUCUCCGGACGCUCACACUACCCUGCCCUCCAAGGGGCUACGGCUGAGAGUGCACGCAGGCGCGCUCUCUUCUUCUGGUGCUUGCGCCAAGCCCCACGACUGCCGCUAAUCUAGAGCGCGCCUGGCUCGAGCUGCGCGGAAGCCUGCCGCUGCCGCCCUGGCCGUGAGGUUGUUUCUCUUUCCUUCACCCUCAGCCAGGCAAAACAAGGCGGCGAGCGAGAAGCGAGGCAGAGAGGCAGGGCUGCCCAUGCACAGCGAGUCUCCACCGGCCCGCCCUUCCAUUGCACUGAGCGCCUCCUUUGCGGAAUUGCUUCCCUGAAGACUGUCCCUCCACAACGUGCCCUCAUCGCUAGGAAGCACGGGCUGGGCCUCCUUCCCCUCUCUUAAGCACCAGCGGCUCACCGGUGCAAGAAACUUGUAACUGCUGGCAGAGGGAACAGCAGAGAACGAAGCGCGACGGGUCUUGUCACUGGGCUGCUCCCAGCAUGGAAACGGGCGCGUACGGAGCCAGCAAAGCUGGGGGCGCCUUUGACCCGCAGACCUUCGUCCGGCAACCUCACACGAUCCUCCGGAUGGUUUCUUGGCUUUUCUCCAUUGUUGUAUUUGGCGGCAUUGUGAACGAAGGCUACAUCAACCGGUCAGAUGAAAAGGAAGAGUACUGCAUCUUCAAUCGCAACCAGAAUGCCUGCAACUAUGGCAUCACAGUGGGAGUCCUUUCCUUCCUCAGCUGCCUUCUUUACCUGGCUCUAGAUGUCUACUUUCCACAGAUCAGCAGUGUCAAGGACCGCAAGAAAGCUGUGCUCUCUGAUAUUGGUGUUUCUGGCUUGUGGUCCUUUCUCUGGUUUGUCAGUUUUUGUUUCUUGGCUGACCAAUGGCGUGUAUCAAAGAACGAAGACAACCCAAUGAAGGAAGGUGCAGAUGCAGCCCGAGCAGCCAUCACAUUUUCUUUUUUCUCCAUAUUUACCUGGGUGGGCCAGUCAUUUCUGGCAUUCCAGCGAUACCAGCUUGGAGCCGAUUCCGCCCUCUUCUCCCAGGACUACACAGACCCGAGCCAGGAGGCUGGCAUGCCUUAUACACCCUAUACAAACGAAGAUGACACUACAGAUAGCCUGGGGACGUAUCAACAGGCCCCUUCAGCAGAUGCUUUUGAUGCAGAGACACAGGGGUACCAAACACAGGACUACUAAGAGCCGGUGGAGCCCUUACCCCCCCUUCCCCUCUGCCCGCUCCCCUCUGCCACCAACAAGCCAAGGUGCAAAACAAGUCGUGUGUGUACUGGAGCAAGCAAGUGGCUCUCAGCCACUCUCCAGCCUUCUAGGGUCUCUGUUUUUAUUUCUUAUUUUUUUAAACAGGACAAAAAGAGAAAAAAGAAUCUCUGACACCUUUUCCCUCUUCCGAAUUCUCCAUCAAAACCAAAUUGUUGAUUGCAAAGUGCUUUACUGUCCAUGUUGCAGCAAGAGUUCUUUCUCUCUUUGUAUGGGGAGCUACUGCAGGCAGGAAAUUUGGCUCAUGCUUCUCUGUAGGGCGAAGAGGGAAAGGAUUUCAGGAUAGGGUCAUGGAAAGCAUGGUGGCUGGACAGGUGGGGAAUGAGUGGGUGAGAUGGUGUCAAAGGCUGACGUGUCUGUGCAUGAGUGUGAGAACAGAACCUGGAGAGAUGGAUAGACCUGUGAGCAUGCAGGCAUGCAAGGGUGAGUGAUACAUAAACAGUGAGUGUUAUAAAUUAUCUCAGAUAGGAUAGAUGUGCACUUUAACUGAGAUUAUAAAGACCCACAUCCAGUCCUGUUAGGGUUGAGAACACUGGGCUAAAAAGGGCAUUGUUUAGCUAAUUUUCAUGAACAAGAGCUUGGAAAAGUUACUUUUUUGAACUACAAGUCCCAUCAGCCAAUCCAGUGGCCAUGCUGGCUGGGGCUGAUGGGAGUUGUAGUUUAAAAAAGUAACUUUUCCAAGCUCUAUCAUGCUAGGGUGUUUAUAUUGGGAGGGUGGGGUAGGAAGAGAAAGUGGCCACAUGAGGCUUCAUCUCAAGCAUAUAUUGUGGUUGGGUGCUCACUCAGCUUGCAGUUUAGACAAUGCGGUGCAGAGCCCAACUGCAGUCUGAUCUUACGGCAGAAGUAUUAUGUGAUUACUUCCCUAAGAGCAAAAUGCAGGUAAAAGUUAAUCCAGGUUGAAAAAGUACAGGGACAUUGGUUGUAUUUGUUUUGGAUAGGAGGCAGGUCUUGGGUGAGGAACACUCCACAGCCACCUAACACACCAUCUGAUGAAUUAAGUUUGUUUAAUUUGUUGUUGUUUUUUAAAAAAACAAAUGGAGAAGUGUUGAGCACAGCAUGUGAGGAAAUUUUCUGGCAUAACCAAAACCCAUAGGAACAUGUAGAUUUAAACCAAGAGAGGAAAGAGCUGAUUUUUAAAAUGAAAUUACGAAGUGUGUCCCAUUGGAUUUUGGCUGGUGCAUCCUUCAAUGUGUUUCCUGUUCAUGACUCACCAUAGUGUUGGAGUACAUGGAAGUGGGAUCCCAUCUCCAGGACAGAGGCUAUUUAUUCUCUCUUAGAUUCAGAUUCCCAGAAAUAGAUUGCCACAGGAUUACAUAUUGCAGUGCAGAGUUCAGUUGGGAAAAUAGCUUUAUACUGCCACAAUUGUUUGGAAAAUCUGUUCUUGAUAACUAGGCUUAGAUUAUUAGAAAGCUGGACACAUCGGAACACUGGCAGAAAUGGUUAAAUGUGCCAAAAUUCCCUGAAAAUACUAACCCACCUUGACAGUGUAAAUCAGACCUCAGUUGAACAGCAUUACUGUGGCUACACUAUAGCUCACUGGAGCAUUCCCGCUUUCCCAAACUGCUUUUUGCUCUUGGUUUAUAGGGAGUGUGUCCUCCUAAGUAAUUAACAUAUGGGAAGGGGGGCAAUAACUGAAAUGAUUCCCUAGGAAUAAGCCACAAUCACAGAUUGAUCCAAUACAUGUUUGCUUGGAAGUAAGCCCCAACCAGUUCAGUGGGGCUUCCUCAUGAGAAAAUGUGUCUAUUGGACUACAGCUUAAAUAUGUUUUUGCACAUACACAUAAAAUGAACUUCUAAAGAGAGGUGUGAGGAUCAAAACCUGUCUGUAAUAAAUAUUUAUAGCAUUA